GAUCAGCGCCUCCACUCACCAAGAGUUUGGACCGAAAGAAUCUGUUACAUUCUUAUUUCCACCAUGGCUGCUCAAUCGAACAUUCCACCACUUGGCAAAUACCUUGCAUCUACGGACAAGAAAACACGCGACAAAGCGAUAAAGAGUCUCGCUACAUUCCUCUCGGACCCUUCAAAAGAUGAAUUGCCAAAACUCGAGAUGGCAAAGUUGUGGAAAGGGAUCUUCUAUUGUUUCUGGAUGUCAGACAAACCAUUGGUGCAACAAGCACUCGCUAGUGAGAUUGCUGAAAUAUUGUUGACUAUCUCGAGUACUCCUGCUUCUCUCGGAUUCUUGCGUGGGUUCUGGGAGGCUAUUGUUAGAGAAUGGAGUGGGAUAGACAGACUCCGCAUUGAUAAAUACUACAUGCUCGUCCGACGCUUCGUCAAUGCCUCCUUCCGACUCUUAAUGCGAGCUGAGUGGGAUGAAGCCUUUUGUAAGGAGUAUAUUUCUAUCAUGACUGAUCGCGGUGGACCGCUAUGUGCUGGUGAUAGCCGCGUACCCUCAAGUCUCGCAUACCAUAUUGCCGACAUCUACCUCGAAGAAUUAAACAAAGCCAUCGCGAGGCCACCGAUACCAUCACCACACCCUGCACCUCUGUGUUCCAUUCUCUCACCUUUCUUCACCCUUGCCGCAUGCACACCUUCAAACGUCACCUACCGACGAAUACAAUCCGCUGUCAUUGAUCCUUUGUUCGACGCUCUGUCGGCUGAUUUCGACAAACCAGCAGUGCAAAAAUGUACCAAAUCAUUGACUUCAAGCUAUGAGCAUAUUAUUGGGAACUCCUGCGCGAUGGACUCGAAAACGGAAGGCAUUUUGGACAAGGAUGCGCUGAAAAAGGUUCUGUUGAAGCAGCUGUUCAACGUCGCCAGCGAACAGGAUACCAGAGAUUCGAAUAGGCGAAAGUUAUAUGCUGUGUGGAAAAGUCACAUGGACGACAACGAGGGAAAUGAGAAGCCCGUAGAUGCUAGUUAGGUUGAUCUAGGUGAAUAUAUCGUCCCUUCACUAGACCUUACACGUAACAGGAUUAAUUGCGGUGUGCCACCAGUAAGGACAACUUUCGCUGCAUAGAGAAAUUUGGCUUACAGUGUAAUUCACUCUCAAUGGCUGAAGACAAUGCUCAUCUCCGAGAGAACUCAAAUUGCCCUUGCCACUAACAAUGUUUUUGAAUGAAAUGAAUUAGUCGAUAUCGA